UUGGCCAACUCAGACACCAUUUGUCAAGUGACUUUGUUCUCACUACUUAUUCGACAUAUUUUGUGGAGUUUUAUUGUCUACAACCUUCAACGAACUCCACACUACAACAAAAAGGGGAAAGGACCAAACGCUGUAGUUUGGUGCUUCUAUUGUGCGGCGAGCAAACUGAGUUGUGUUGAGUCCGCCUCUCUGCUGUGUGUGUUCUGGCAGCAGCCCCACAGCAUCGUCCAGAGGCGGCUGAUGGAGGGGAACGUCCCGCGGCUGCGGCGGGAGGCGCACGACGCCAGCGCCCUGACCCGCUCGCCGCUCGCCGACCACAAGGACGGCGGCGGCGGCGGCGGCGGCGGAGUCGGGGGGGGCGACGGCGGCGAGGAGCAGCGGAGCGAGAGCACGGCCGACGACUCCGCGGAGGAGCGGGAGUCCCCCGAGGAGAGCGAGCGCAGCCUGAGGACCGACGAAGAGGAGGAGGAGGAGGAGGAGGAGGAGACGGAGGAGGAGGACGGCGAGGCCGCCGCCAAGCGGGCGCCGGACCCCGCCAAGACGGGGGAGGGGACGGCGAGCCCACCGCCGCCACUCGCCGCCCUGGUCGUGCAGUGCAAGUGCUGCGAGGGCGACGUCAGAGCCUCCAUCGACACCGGUUGCCAACACAACCACAUCUCCAGCUUCUGCUGCCGGAGACUGGGCUUGGUUCCUGAACAGGGCAGUGCCGGCCCCACAGUGAGGGGGCUUCGACUGCAGCUGGGGACACAGAGGGUCCACUGCUCUGCGUACGUCAAAGAUGAUGAGGUGUCUGAGCUGUGCCUGGGUCUUCAGACGCUGCUGGAACUCAAAUGCUGCGUGGACCUGAGUGGGCGGGUCCUCCGGCUGCAGGGGUCCGGUGAAGAGCUGCCCUUCCAGGUGCCAGUGGCCAUUAGCCAGUGCCGUCAUGACACCAACAAGAACCUGUGAGGAGGUCUGCUCUGGAGGGCGUGGCUCAGCCCUCAUCGUCUGCGAAGCCGGCUUCUGAUUGGCUGAUCGGCCGUGGCCGUGGAGGGGAUUUUUUGCCUGGACUGUCCAAUCACAUCGUCUCACACUGCCAGAUCCUGGAUAAGCCCCUCCCAUGCCUCGCUAUACUCACAAUUGUUUCUUUGAGUUUACAUCAGUUGUAAUUGUUAAUUGUAGAAUUUGUAGAAUUUGCCGAUGUUCACCGGGAUCAUCUUCGUGGUCGUUGCAGUGAUGAUGAUCAUGAUUAUUAUCGUCAUGGUUACCUGUUAAAUAAGUCCAAUUCUACCGGCUCGUCCCCCGACUAUAUGGACAAUCAGAAGAUCGUAUUUCAUGAUUAGUUGUUUCGUUUAGCCGUCGUUCUUGAUCUGGUGCGUUCGUGCUGGUGAUUCAUCCGCGAUUUUGUUGUUUGAUAUAAAAUGAUUUUCACUUCAUGCCACCUUAUUCCAAGACGGGGCAAGACAAUGUAUCGGUAGAAGUUAGGAAGAGAUGUGAACAAUAGGCUUAAGACAUUUUCCCAUUAAUCCAGGUGAAGCACCUCUAUCUCUCUCACUCUGUCUCUACCUCUAUGACUCUCUAUCUCGUCCCUCUUCGUCUAGACCUCUCCCUCUCUGACCUAUAUUUAAUUGAAUUUCCAAAUGUGGAGCAAAUGGCAUAGAGUCACACAAUGGCCUGGAUUAAGAAGUUACUCAUAAAAAGUAUUCAGCCGGACUCUACGGUCGGGGAUUACCAGAACAUUCCAUCUGCAUGACUUUGUAAAGUUUCUGCUUUUGUACGAGUCUGCAUGUUUGUGCGUGUCUGUUUGACGUAGGGAGUGGGGAUGACUGUGGUGUGCGUGUUUGUUGCCGUUAAAAGCGAGGGCUUUUUAUACAUGGCUUGUGUUUCACAUGGGAAAUGACGGGGGAGGGGGGGUGGGGGGCAAACAGAAAACUCCGGUCAAAACAAGCUGCCAAACAUUCGACCCCAGCUGCCUUUCUUCACGUGGGCCAAAAGACCCGUUCUGAGCCACGGUCAGAUUUAGCAUUCGGUCCAACAAUCUUUUUCUUAGGCGUUUUCUUGGCUAAACACACUAUUGCAUUUUCAUAGCUUCUGUUUUGGGGGACAUGAUUUAUUACUAUGUUUCUCUCAUUUUAUAUCCUCAAAAUUUUUCUGUCCUUUGUGUGAUCACAUGACUAUGAUUUUGCUCCUUCCUUAUUGGCUUUCGCAACCGAUCAGAAGCCCGGUCUAGUUCACGUAAUAAACCACAAACAAACGCAAAAAACUAAUGCUCGACAACAGGAGCUACUUCAAUAUACCUUACUGUGCCACCGUCAGGCUCGACUGAUAACAUCGAAAAGUGUGUUGAGUACAUCUGGGGAAGCAUAGUUAUGGUGGGGUUUGAAAAAGGAGUGCCUCCAAACACGCACACGCGCACACCAGAGACGCCUUCGCGUUCCGCUUCAACAACACCCAGGCGCUGUUGUGCGCUUGCUUUGUGCUGGAGUGAUCCUUUUAGUGGUUUUACGCCCAGUUUGUACGCAGGUGUGUCUUACUGAUCAGUUCUCAGUUCCUUGUCGCUGUGCUUUAGUUAACUAUGACGGGGUGGGGUGGGGGGAAAUGAACUGUGGAAAGACAUUUUUAUUUUUGGUGUCAUCUCUCUUCUGGAACAGUAUUUUCUCUGCCUAUUAAAGAAAACAUGUAUUCUGUCUA